AUGAACCAGUGGAAUCGUCUAAACAGUCUUGGCUGGAUGGGCAACACCGACAUCACUCUAUGCACAAAUAUUGGGGCUACUGUCAAUUAUUUGGCCAAGUAUGUCAGCAAGCAGGAAGUACCGACAGAAAGCUUCACUCAGAUCGCGACCAAGGUGCUGCCGAAGGUCAGCCAUGUCAACCUAAUGGUGUCCUUCACGGCUAAGAUGUUGAAUCAAUUAGUUGGUGAGCGCGAUGUUGGAGCUCAAGAGGUGUGCUAUGUCUUGCUGAAGCUGCCGAUGACCAACAGUACACGCACUAUCAUCUCCUUCGAUUGUAGGGAGCCAGGUGACCAGCGUACUGCGCUGAGAUUCGACCAGACUUCUGGACAGAUGGUUCCCUUUGGCCAGUCAUCUCUCCAGAAGUACAUGGGCCGCGUGUCUCGGUUCACUGAAGUCAACAAGGACGAUGAACACGACGAACAGCACAUGGAGCGACUACAGGAGGUCAUCGAUUGCACCCUCUACGACUGGCUUAUUCGCCCAGUCCCAGGCAGCGAGACGUACGAGCAGUAUGCCCGGGCGGAGAUCUGCUUUCAUCAUGCCUUCCAUGGCAAGUACCCCAGCCUGCCGUACAUAUUCUCCGAGAGCCUUGAAGAUUCUCAGGAUGAUGAAGAGGUACUCGCAUUCGACACGUACGCCGAUGCAUUAGCGUACUGCCGCACUGCUCACGUCCACGAAGUACCGGACCCGCCUGUGCAGCACGAGGAGAGCGAUUCGGACGAAGAGCAGCAGCUGUCGUAUCAUGAUGAGUGGAAUCAUCUAGAUGAUUACUAUGGGUUCUCACUCGAUGCGCCUGUUGAUUCCGAAUUCGAGGAAGAAUUCCACCCCGAGUCUGUUGAGAACCCAGGUUUUGCACUUAUCGCCAACCAACUGCCUACUCGUGCAUCAGCGGCGGCUCUCGAAGGUCUUGGAACCCGCGAGAUUGAUGCAUAUAACUGGGCUUCUCAUAUCGGCAUGUACGGCUUCCACCCAGGAGAUAUGCCUACAGAUUGGUGGAAAGAUCUACGUGGAGACUUUAUUAAGCGCUUAGCAUACGGCUGGGCCCCUAAUAGCGCUGCUGCCCAAGCUGUGCUGGAUGGAAUGUCACCAGAGCAGCAAACACUCGCUGCAUCGGGCAAGCCAAUGUAUAACAUGGCUGGCCUGCCGUUGUUCGAUGAGAAUGGCGAGCAAGUCCGCGAGCCUAUGUUCCAUGGUAAUCCUGUGUUGCGACUUGCACCUACUGGACUCGCCGCUCACGGCAUUUGUGGGUACACUAUCUAUUCGGCUCUCCGUCUGCCAAUCAAUAUAGGUCAGUAUGUCCCACUUGAUGGCACGGGACUCCGCGAUUUUGAGAUAUUCAUGCAGGGUGUCGUCUACAUCGUCAUUAAUAAGAAGUCAAUAGUCAACCUGAUGAUGCUCUCUUGGAUUAAUCGACGUCUUCGUCAGUUACCGCCCGUCAGUGGCAAUGCUGUAUACGUCAAGGAUGGUCUGCGUACUGCCGAAGAAGCUACUGGUCGUCAGCUGUGGACGUCCUUCUCUACUACGCUAAAACUAAAGACCAUUCAGCGCCGUACAGAGGAUGAUCCAACUGGUGAUGCCUUCCGCCAAGUUCUAGGUGCAGUCCGUGCUGGUCCUGGCAACCUCACCCUCGAGCAGUGGCAGCUACUCGUCACUCGUGUAAGUAUGAAGCUUACAGCCCAACAGCAGCGUGAGUUCGAUACUGCGCUCCGCAUCUAUGCUACCAAGGCCAAGGUGAACGCCUAUAACCAGCAGGCCCUUCUUCGCCUAAACAAUCUAGUGAGAAUCAUCGAGGCCAAGCAUACUGGAAGCAAUGCCUCAUCUGCUACCUACGACAUGGGUAGCAAUCUUCACAAGGCUUUCCCUCUAUGCAUUGGCAGUCGAGUCAUGAUUACGCAGAACCUAUAG